AUGGGCGAAGCAUUACGUAGGUCAACUAGGAUCGCAGCAUCGAAAAGAUUAUUGGAGGAUGAAGAGUCCAAGUUAGUCCCAAUUUCGCCACCGGAAGUCCCUAAGAAAAAGGUUAAAACAGCUCCGAAAGUAAAAACCAGCGAACCAGUAAAGUCAGAAGACGACAGUCUAUCUGCGGCCACCGAGUUAGAAAUAGGCGAUUCAAUCCCAGAUUUGAGUCUUUUGAGCGAAGAUAAUGACCCUAUCUCUUUGAAAGAAAUUGCGAAAGAGAACAAAAUCGUAGUAUUUUUCGUGUAUCCCAAAGCAAGUACUCCUGGUUGUACCAGACAAGCCUGUGGGUUCCGUGACAACUAUGAAGAUCUCAAGAAGCAUGCCGCUGUCUUUGGAUUGAGUGCAGAUCCUGUGACAUCUCAAAAAAAAUUUCAAACUAAGCAGAAUUUGCCGUAUCAUCUAAUAAGUGAUCCAAAAAGAGAGUUUAUUGGAUUACUAGGUGCCAAGAAAACGCCACUCUCUGGUUCUAUCAGAUCGCACUUCGUCUUUGUAAAUGGGAAACUGAGAUUCAAAAGAAUUAAAAUAUCACCAGAAGUCAGCGUAAGCGAUGCUAAAAAAGAAGUCCUGGAGAUUGCCGAAAGAGUGGAAGAGAAACUAUCCUAG